CUUUCGGAUCUUUAACUCAGAAGACGAAACCCUAACCCUAGUUCUCCGUGGAGAGAGUGAAGAGAAGAAGAUCAGGGUGAAAUUCGUUCCCAUGGAUGGAGGAGGGAGUAGCUUCGCAAAUCCUCAAAAACCAGAAGAAGAAGAAGAAUCUCCAUAUCUUUCCGACAUCACAGCAAAAUUUGUUAAUCUAAGAAUAGAUAACUCUCAUUGUGUAAAGAAAUCAAAGCCCUGUAGAAUUGUGAGUAGAUUUGCAAAGAAAUCCAAGCCUCGUAUAAUUGUGAGUAGCCCUGCAAAGAAAUCCAAGUCCAACACAAGUCUUCAAAAACCACAAGAAACUCUUCUGAAUCUGGAGCAGCAGCCGGAGUCUCCCACAAGAAACCAAGCUCAAUUUCUUGCUCAGUUGAAUUUCAUCACACCGAGAUUUGAUAAUCUAAGCAUAAAUAAUUCUGAUAUAAGUGAUGAAUCUUCAUUUCCAUUUCCUGCUGAGUUCAACAACAUCGUGACACUAUUCGAUUUUGAUGAGUCCUGGAGAUCGCCCUGGAGAUUUCUUCGCAAAAAAACAGCCAAACAAAUUAAACUUGAGAAUCUGAAACAAAAGAUACUCCGGGACAUUCCUCGCGUUGCUGUGAUUACAUGCUGGGCUUUCAAAAUAUACUUGGAUGCUGGGAUUGUUCCUAGUGAUUCUAAGGCAAAAGCAACAUUGCAGGCAUUCAGCAAUAAUGAGAUUACUGUAAAAUCGAUCGCUGAAGAACUUGUGAAAGACGCAGAACAGGAGUACGGAAUAACUCUUGAGUGUGAUUAUGAUACUAUGGUUUUUCCAAAAAUCCCUUGCUGGUGAUUCAUGCAGGAAGUUCCAACUUCUAAGUGAGAGCAAGUGGUAUAAAGACUAAGUGAUGUGAGGAAAGGCCCCAAUCUUUUGAUGAACGUGUGAACCCCUUUGUUGGUUAUAGGCUGGCUAAAUUUUUUGUUCCUUGAAAAGUGUUAUUAAAUUCUGAAUCAACUAUGUACUUUUUAUGAGCCAGGCCCUUGAAGUAAUAUUUGUAUAUGAAAUUUAUCUUCCAGACGAGUGUCUUUUAAGAAACUUUUUUUCAGAUGACAUGUCAUAAAGAAACUUUGUGAGUUUCUUUGUUGCAGAUGCUCGUCAUUGUUUCAGAGACAUUUGUAGCUCUCAAGUGUUAAACGAUAGCAGUUGUGAAUGUGAAUUCUAUAAUCAUCACAGAUGAGUCAAUUUCUGUUAAAAUUC